AUGCUUAUUAUAGAUGGCUAUGAUAUUUCUAAAUAUGCAGCAGAAUCACAGUUUACAUUCCUAAAUGUAGCAAAUUCUGAUGGAUUUUGGGAAUUGGAUUCUGAUUGUGUUGUUUUUGGCCAAAAAAGCUUUGCAGGAGGGUCUAAAGCAAGAAUAAGUCCAGGUACAAGCUACAUAUUGGGACCAAUAGAUGCUAUCAGUGGAAUUUUAAAGCUAUUAGAAGCUAAUUAUACUUGCUCGGCUGACAAUUUAGGACAACUAAAUUGUAAUUGCAACGAAAAUUACCCUGACUUUGUAUUUCAACUAACUUCCCCCCUCUGCGGGUGAACAAAAAUUUUUGUUCGCUCACGGAAGGGGGUUAAUAACGAUGGCCCCCCCUCAACCUUGAUAUCUACUGCAACAAAAAUUUUUCGAAAAAAUCUUCAUUCCUACAGAACAUAAAAAAUAUUAGUGCAUUUUUCUCUAGGUGAGUUUCUCAACAAAAAACCAUAAAGCAGCGCUACUGUAGGUGUGUCAAUGACCUUCUCAUCGAGAUUUGGACGGCUAUUGCAAUUACUCGCCAUUUUAAUAAACUUAUCUAGCUAAAAAGUACGGAAAAAUUUAAGAUGCGCAUCGAAAAUUUGUUGCAAGAGGAUUAGUAUUAAGAUUAUUACAGACAGGCGCUAGCCAUAUUGAUGACGCAGUCAUUAAAGACCUCCUGUACGGAAGGUUCUACUGCUUGUCGACUCCAGCCCAGAGGGUCUAUCCCUCUUACGAGUGCCCUUCCGGUACCUUAGGUCUCCUCCUUGCUUUGCGGUUCAGUCUUGAGUGCUUAUGGAUUUCUGCAGCCCUGCCACGAGCGAUUGGAGUAGCUUGAUCCCAAGGAUCAGCUCUUGUAGUCUAUUGGGUAUAAAAGUGCAUUUCUUCAACAGCUACAGGAAAAAGACUGUUUCCCCUGUGGCCUGGGCUGAAACCCCCAGUUUCUCGUUAGAGGAAUACCCAUGGGUCCUCGGAUCCAAGGACGUUGUUGAGCACCUCCAUUUCCAACCACAGGAAAGCAGCCAAAACCUACCUGGAUACACACUUCUUGAGCCUGCGUCUGAUUCUCGGCUAGGAGUCCGUCCCAGUUCGCUGUAGCGAUAAGGUCUGGACCACUGCGCCAAGAGGGCAUGUUGACGCGUGUCGCCAUUUUAAUUUAUAUAAUUUGUUGCAAGAGAUAUGAAAAUUAUUAUUUUUUUUAUAUAAAAUUUUAUAUUAAAAAAUUGCACUUUUGUUGUAAUAGACAUGAAGAUUAAAGGGGGGUUCAUCGUUAUUUUUUUCGUAGUUUAAAAAAAUCCUAAUUCGCAAAAAUUAGAAAGCAAAUACUAAUUUGCAUUGUAAAAUUUAUGUUUUAAACGCAAUUUGUUUAAAGUUAAGCUGAAUUAGCUCGAGAUUUCAUUAUACUAAUUAUCGCUUAUAAUUCAAAAUGUUUUCCAUAAAAGAUUUUAAAUUUUUGUUCAUCGCGGAGUGUGGGCUUUUGAGCAAAAAAAUAGUGAUUUUUCUAAUUGUUUUGUUCGCUCACGGAGGGGGGAGUAAGUGGAGUUCAAUUCAAAAUAAAAUCAGCUGGGUAUUUGCAAAAAGUUGAUGAAUAUUGCCAUCCAACUUUUGGCUAUUCAACAGUUACCAAUACAUGGAUUUUAGGUGACACUUUUCUCAGAAGAUUUUAUACACUUUACGACAAAGCCAAGCGCAGCCAAUUGUACAUCAAGCUCUGUUAA